GUGUCCAGCGCUGGGGCGGAGCGGAGCGAUCUUCCUACUCAGAGAGAUGGUUUGGGGAAAGGAGGGGACAGCCCCUUUCAUUUACCUGGUUUAGCAAACCAACCCCCCCAGGACAUCUUGGGGGAUGCUUCUCAAGCUCUGUGACACUUCCUGAAAGAAACCUUGGGAAGCAACAAGUAGUGGUCCCCUCGCGCUUGUACACAUCUGUGAACCCGGGGAUUUGGUGACGCCGCCACCUCCGCGACUCCAGCGGGUGCCCGAGCGGCUCCGGAGGUGGUGAUCAUGUGUGCCAGCGGUGACACCAUCCGGAGCAUCAUGUUGGCAGUGCACAGACAUGGCAUGACCAACGGAGACUACGCUUUCUUCAACAUUGAGCUCUUCAACAGCUCUUCCUAUGGAGACGGCUCAUGGAAGAGAGGAGACAAGCAUGACCUUGAGGCCAAGGAAGCAUACUCAUCCCUGCAAACAGUCACUCUCCUGAGGACCGUGAAACCCGAGUUUGAGAAGUUUUCCAUGGAGGUGAAAAGUUCUGUGGAGAAACAAGGGCUCAACAAGGAGGAUUACGUGAACAUGUUUGUGGAGGGUUUCCACGACGCCAUCCUUCUGUACGUUCUGGCUUUGCACGAAGUCCUCAGAGCUGGCUACAGCAAGAAGGAUGGAGGGAGAAUUAUCCAGCAAACGUGGAACAGGACGUUUGAAGGCAUUGCUGGGCAAGUGUCCAUAGAUGCCAAUGGGGACCGGUACGGGGAUUUCUCUGUGAUUGCUAUGACUGACAGUGAAGCGGGCACUCAGGAGGUUAUUGGUGAUUACUUUGGAAAAGAAGGUCGGUUCAAAAUGCGGCCCAAUGUCAAGUAUCCGUGGGGUCCUUUCAAGCUGCGAAUUGAUGAGAGCAGAAUCCUGGAGCAUUCCAGCCACUCUCCUUGCAAAUCAUCAGGUGGCCUAGAGGAAUCAGCAGUGACGGGAAUCGUUGUGGGAGCUUUACUAGGUGCUGGUUUGCUUAUGGCCUUCUACUUUUUCAGGAAGAAAUACAGAAUAACCAUUGAGAGGCGAAACCAACAUGAAGAAAAUACCAUUGGGAAACAUCGAGAGUUAAGGGAAGAUUCCAUCAGAUCCCAUUUUUCGGUGGCUUAAAAGAAGCUUUUUUUUUUUUUUUUUCUGCUUGAGAUUCCUUACGAGAUAGAUGGGAGGAAAGACAUCAAAUGGAGUACAAGGAGCAUUCUUGAAGAGUUCAUUCUUUUAAGCAGUUAGUUAUUUCAUUUUAAACUUUCUUUAGAAGCUCAGGAACUAUUAUUAAUUGCCAUCUGCAUCUCAGCUUUCAUCUCAUGGCAAACAUGUACAAGGAUAUAACAUCACUGUUAGAUAUGCACACUGCUUGAAAAGCCUAGGAUUAGAUUUAGGUUUCCAACGUCUGCCGUCUCCGUAUCCUGAUGGCUUUGGGAGGUAUUUCACGCAAGGAUAUAAAAAAUGUGAUUUUUUUUAAAUGAAAUGAAAUGUUUUGUAGCUAGAUAAGCCCAUUUCUUUUGUUUUACAAGUAGAAUAUUCUUGGAAGGAACUGAACACCCAGUAGAUGUUCAAUGAGAAAUUGAAUACAAGUCAGUAAUGAGAGUCUCCAGGUUGCAAAUGCAAUGCUACUCUCUCUGCAUCUGGUGGAGGUUUGGGGCUGAAUGCUCUGUCCAGUAUCGACCUGCAGGCCGGCCAUCGUAUCUCAAGACAGGGUGUCCUUCAGUGUCUCAUAGAAGCUACUCUGGAAAAUUGUAAAUAUUAGUGAAUUAGGAGGAUUUAUAUAGGGGUAGCAAGUCUGAAAUGUUUCUCUCUCUCUUUUGUUUUGAUGUAAAAAGCCCCACUUCACACUAACCUUUUAAGCAUUUUACUCUUGUAUUUUGGUAUUAGAAAAUGAGUCUAUUUUUUCAUCUUUGAAAAUAAAUUUCACUUAUAUUUUAAAGUCAUGAGUGAAGUGUGCAACAAACUCCUGGUGAUGAAGGCCGCCUCUCUUCUCCCCUCCUUCCCCUCUUCUCUGGGCUGUGGUAAAAUGCGAAUUGCUGCUUUCAUUGUACAAGUUCAGAGAUAUCAGAUUACAGAUUCUACAGCCAGGUUUUCUUUUUCACUCUUAAUUAUUUUAAGUGCUCGUUAUUGUCCCUUCUAAUUCUACCAGAUGAUGAGUUUUAAGAUGGAGAGUAAAGUCAGUAGAAUUCAGUGAAGUUUGUAAAGGAAGGCAGGCUGUCUCCUUCAGGAAUGAUUCAAGAGAGUGUGAAAAACUGAAAGUAAGCACAGACAUGACAAAUGUUAAGAAACACGUGCAUGGAACUGAUCCAAAUUCAAGGUGAUCAUUUUGGGCAAAAGAAGACUUCUCCAUAUCUGCUACGUCCCCCUUUGGUCAACAGCCCUGAGCUCAGUAGCUGGCCACUAUCCACGUUCCCUGACACGGGGCUGCUACAGACUUAAGGAGCUUGGGAAGGAUGGACCAGUGUUUAUGGUUCUGUGCACAGAGGUCAGAACCCCACGUUGGCUUAUUGUUUGUGGAGAAAAUGGUGAGGAAGGAUGGGUGACCUGUUCAGUGAGGGUACCAUCUUGCACUUAUGCCACGAUGAUCUUUUCUCAGUAACAUUUUGGGCAUCUAAAGCACGCUUGUAAAAAUGAUCUCCAUAUGUAUACAAAUGGGAAAACCCAGCGAACUCACACAAUUUCUUGGUGGCCACGGAGGUCGUAGUUCACACAGGUUAACUGUGGGAGCAGCUGAGUGAACAUGGAAUGUUCUGGAAGUUGUUCUGUGAGGGCUUCCCUGGAGAGGACUUCAUCCCUUACUCUGACUAGGAGCACAGUGAAUGGAUGACUUCUAUGUGAGGUGUGCUUUCCUGCUGCUGUUCAGGAAGUGGAGUGCCAGCCACCAAAAACAAGUGGCUAUGGACAAUGGAAAUAAUUACAUUCUAUUCUGCAUGCUGGAUGCAAAGUGAAAAGUGAUGGAUUGAAAAAAAAAUAGAAAAAAAGGCAAGAAAGGUAAACCCCAAAUUCUAACGUAGGAGAGGUUUGAGAAGUAAAACUCAGGACAGCAGUGUUUUCUGGUUGGGAACUCCCCAAAGUCAAAACAAAAUGGAAGGAUCACAAAAUCAUUUCAGUUACCCAAACCAGAGAACUGACUUCUCUCUUGUUUUUGUUUUUGAUGAUGUUUCCCAUCUGUUUUAGAGAUAAUCAUUUUCUACUAUCUUGUGUUUGUGAAAAACAGCCUUUGUGCUUACUAUCGGGGAGAAAGGCCAUCUACCUGGUUCUGGUCUUUGAGUUGAAACAUGUGUAACCUUUCUAGAUUUUAUGUAGCAGCUCAUUAUUCAUGUCAAUAUUAUUAGAACAAAUGUCUUAUUUCACUUGAGAUAGAGUAAUAAUUCUAAAUUUAAUAUCACACCCUUAGAUAAGAUCUGAAAAGAAUAAGUAGGAAUUUAGUAUCUUAAAAGUGGUAGGACAAAUUGUAAGGUUUCUGGUAUAUAGAUAUAUUUCUCUUUCAAUUUUUAAGCAAUUUUAUUAUUCUUAGAAUCAAUUGCAUAUUUUCAUGUCUCCUAUGUACUUUUUUUUUCUUUCUUGAAAUCUUCAUAUGAGUUACUAGAAUUCCAUUAAAUGUUGAAAACUCUGUUAAGCUGGGAAGCCUUUGCUAAUACUAUAGAUGUUUGGCUGGGUUAAGACCUCUUGAGACUGUGGGAGUUAAAUUCCUAUUUGUUAAGCAACAUCUUUGACAGCUAGUCAUUCACACUCUGCCAGUAGCUACAUGUUAUGUAGUAAAAUAAAUAGGACAUUUGUUCUGAAGCCAUACCUUAAAGUUUCAUCUUGAAACCCAAUGCAUCUAAAUUUCUGAAAGGAUGUUUUGUCAGUGUUUUGUCAUUUACUCAGAUAGAAGUUCAUAUUGGUACACGUAUACACAGUUUGGUGUUGGAAGUAAACACAGGCUUAUAGUCUUCAUUGAUUAUCUUAGAUUCUGAGAGAGACAGUGAGGAACUUAAAAGAAAAGCAUUCUCUAUAGAGUCUGUAUUUCCUGCCAACAGGACCAUAGGUUUUACAUCACAAGCUCUCUGAAGAGCUAUCAGCUUGUCUAUGUGGUUUCACAGGCAUUAAGACAGUUCUUUACAUUUGAGAAGCCAUAUUUAAUGGAGGGAGAGGAGAAACAUAGAAAGAGAACAAACCCUGCCUUCUCUCUCCUCUCCCAUGAGUCCAAAGGCCUUUGCUUUGAAAUGCCAAGUCACUUCUGCCCAUAUUCCCUGUAUCUUUGCUAACACAUAUGUAACCUUUGUUACUUUCAUUUUGAUUGAGACUGAUUUCAGGGGCAGUGGGAGAUGAAAAUCAAAUUCGCAAACAGAAACAAUGGGAUGUGAAACAGGUUCUAGUGUCGUGGCCACCUUCUUGAAGUGACCUUACACUGGUUAUUUCUGGAAGCCUUUUUAGGAGACAUUAGAAGAAUAUUAGGACACUAGUGUUAAGGGAGUGUUAAACUGGAAGGAACAAAUGCUAUGUUUCUUGUGACACAAAGACUUCAGACCCCAAAUAGCUGAAACCUAAAGGCAUUAGAUGCCACUUGAAAUUUGGCCCCUCUACUUACAUGUCAUGGGUUUUGUUUAGUUACAGCCUGUGGUUCAGGACUUCAUAAGGAAGCUGGUAAUGAGCUGACCUUCUUUCUUGUUCUGUGGGAAAAACAAAACGAACUGUCUAGAAACCCAGGUCAUGUUUUAGGAACACUGAGGAAGUGAGGAACUGAAGAAUAACCAGUGAUUUAGUCCUUCCUCGACAACCAGAUUCAGCAAGAAGCUUGAGACAUGCCCCUGUAAGAAGACUGAGGAGCUUGACCCAAAAGAAACAGAAGAGCGUAGCUUUGCAGCCUUCACUGUCCCUACCAGCGAUUCACCUACCUUCCAACAUCCAUCCUGGUCCUUAGGGUGUGUCAGCAUUUUCCCCAUGCAGAUGGGAACUUGUGGGUUCCACACUUCCUUUGAGAAGAAAAUGACAAAAUAGCGUGGUAUGUGAAGAGAGCUCAGUACAAUGAUCUGACCACACAUGCCUUGUAGUGUGUAUCUGUGCCAGCUAUCCUGUCUUUGGUUCUCAGUAUGAAGAUGUCACAAUGUCCCUUGCAGGUGUGGCCUACAGCUAGACCGUAGGAUUAAAAUAGCUUUCGAAAGGUGCUACGUCGGAGUUUGUUCAAAUUUCUCAUUAACCACUUGUGUUAAUUCAGACCAAAGGCAAAGCAUUUGAAACCUGCUGAUGUUAAUGCUCAGGUUGUUAAGCUACUCCAAAUACAAUGCAAGGGUUUCCAUGGGAGCCAAGUUACAGAGGUAGAAAGCCAUCAGGGGUCAAGUGUGUGCUGGUUCCUGGUGGAGCGAUCCAAACAAGCCAAACUAAGAAUCAGCAAAACGGCUGCAUGGCUUUGAUUUGUGUUUAAAGACCCAAAUUUCUAUGUGGAAGGAACAACGUGCCCAUUUACCAAGUGCACAUCAUUAUAAAGGCCAACAAGUUUUUGUUUUUUUUUACUUUGCCGGGAGAACAAAGCUGUCAUGGUAUACAAUUAUUACUAAACAGAGAUGGUAAAGGAAAGGGAAAAUGUGAAUUUUUGAAAUGGGGGGUAUUUUAUUGUUUAAUGUCAACAGCUAAAAAAAAGUCAACGUGGCCUAUCAUAUAAAACAGUAAUGACGUGCCCUCAACAGCCCAGAGAGGCUGUGGAUUUGUAGACCGUUGUGUUGGGUCUCAGGAAUUAAGGUUUUGCGCCCCGUGUGUAACUGAAACCAGGAGGACACGGGCUAGCCAUCGCGGAAAGUCAACGCUGUAGCGCACAUCUUCUGGGCUUAUUCAUUUAAAUACAGGGUUACCAAGCAACACAAACCCACCAUGAAGCUGGUAGAAAAGACACAGCCGCACUAGCUACUACAGUUCAUCCUUCUAAUGUAAGUCGAGCUCUCUGCAUAUAAUGUGAUUUAAUUUAUUGUUGUUCUGUGUUGGAAAUAAGAAUUAGUAACUGUGGAUAUAACCUUGUUUUGUGUAAUAUACAUUAUUUCUGGUGCAAACUGGCCAUUUAAACCACCUACUUCAUUUGGUGUUUGGAAAUAAAUGUGUAUGUAUUCUUGUAAAUGUUUCUAUUAAACAAGAAUGCCAUAUACUCCGAGUAUAGCAAUGCGUUCUCAUUAAAAAUAUAUACCCCACA